AUGAUUUGGAUUUGGAGUCUGUUGGCGACUGUCAGUGCGGCUGUUACUGUCGAUGACAUAGUCGGGACAUGGACGACCAAGUCUCAACAGGUCCUCACGGGCCCGGGAUUCUACGAUCCGCUCAAUGACCGACUGAUAGAGCCCGACCUGACGGGCAUUUCCUACUCGUUCGAUGCCGACGGAAACUAUGAGGAGGCGUUCUACCGCGCCCUGGCCAAUCGUGAGUGGAUCCGAUCUAUGAUCUAUACAGAACUGACCGACGAAGCCACCGACCCCGAAUGCCCCAGUGGCAUCAUGCAGUGGCAGCAUGGCUCCUACAAGCUGUCCGCUAAUGGAUCUUUGGCCCUCCACCCUAUUGCAGUGGACGGCCGUCAAUUGUUGUCGGAACCGUGUCGACAGGAUUUUGGCGCGUACACUCGAUACAACAACACCGAGCACUUCAAGGAAAUCUCCGUAUCCAUCGAUAAGUACCAUCGAGCCCAACGCCUCGACUUGAUCAAGUCCAACGGCGAGAAAAUACAACCCAUGUACCUGGCAUAUCGGCCUCCCAAGAUGCUUCCCACCCACACAUUGAACCCGGUGCCUACUAGCAAAAAGAAGCGUGAUCUGUCUGGAGCUGGUAUUCAUCAGGCUAUCAGGGAGGAAUUGAUCAAUCCGGACCGAUGGUGGUGGUUCGGUGUGAUGAUGACUUCUCUUGGCGGCAUCGCCUUUUUCUUCUCUUAA